CAAGAUAAAGAAAAUCAACAAAAUAUAGUAACUAUUGAAAAUAUUGAAGGGUUAGAAGAUAAUGAAAAUAGCGAAAAUGAUUUAGACGAUUUAUAUCAAGAUUACGAAUUAUAUCUUACUAAAGCACUUAAAAUC